GAUAUAAUGAUACAUAUCUUAGAUUCUAUAGCUAUAGAUAGACCCACAGUAGAUAGAUAUACUGGUGCAUAGAUAUAGUGAGACCUAGACACUGAAGCCAUGUUCGCUCUAUGUGCCACGACUCUCCUGUACUUCCUGCCUUUUAGCCAAUCAGCUCCUGCUGCAGCUCUAGCCUGUGAGGACCUCCUUAAGCCCAUGGAUCCACCACGACUAGACCAGCAGCUCUUGAGGAAAUGGGCCCUCGUCGCAGGCAGCCUGAGCCACCCUGCAUCCCUGGAGAGUCUCAAGACCAGAGACGGCAUCACCAUGGAGUUUUCACCCUCCACCCCCAACACCACCCAGAACUCCAACACCACCACAACCGUCCACUACACCCAGACUAACCGUUUCGGCAGCCGAUGCGAGUCUCUAACCUACAAUAUCUCACUCAUCAACGACAACAGCACCUUCCAGUUCGACGUGGGGGGCCGAUUCAACCUCACUGGGGUCUUCCUGGAGACCUCCUGCCCAGACUGUCUGGUGAUGAAGUGGGAGGUGAGCUCCAGGAGGAGGGAGUCCACGGACCUGUACCUGCUGAGGAAGACGGAGGGUGGGAGAGAGGUGGAGGAAGAGGAGAUGGAAGAGUUCAGGAAACAGGUGGAGUGUAUGGGGCUGCCGCCGCCAGUGGUGAUGGAGCCGGGGGAUGCCCUCUGUGGUUCCUAUCAGCUCCCCUGGAAACACUGAGGACGAGGAGGAGACGACGAAGCUCGAUCAGAGAGUGGGGGCCGUGAGACCGAUGUAGAGACACGUUUUCUGUCAUCUGUUUUGUAAUCCAAUAUUUCUGUGUUUACUGUUUGUCGAUGACCUGUAGAAUUUUGAGGGGAAAAAGAUGCACGAUUUGUCAUAUUAUUCUGUCUUCUUUGCUUCUUUAACAGAUGUAAUUACGUUCACAGACUGAUUUAAUGUCCCAGAGUUGAAGCUAAUUCACAGAGACAGUGGGAUCCAGCGGGAAUGUCGGGACGUCAUUAGGACUCUAUGCACAAUGGGAAAGAAAAGUAUUUUAUAAUUGGAUUACUUUUGUAUAAUUUGGCAUAACCUCAUUUGUCCAUGCAUUAAAGUUCUCAUACUGUUAAUUCUCAGAUUAAACUGGAUGGAACAGUGAACAAUU